UAGUUGCAACUUAAAAUAACUUUAAUGUUUUUAUGAACGCACGUAAAUUAAUGAGCUUUCGCUUUUCCCGGUAAUACUGAAAUGAUUUUUGCAGUUUAAUUUAAAAAAUGUCUGGACGAAGUUCUUUUGGCCAAGGUGUGUUAAGACCUGAGCUGCUUCAAGAAGUGAAGUUGUACACAAAUGCAAGAGAACGUGAAAAGUAUGACAAUAUGGCAGAUUUGUUUGCAGUCAUUAAUACUCUACAAUGCUUAGAAAAAGCAUAUAUUAAGGAUGCUGUUACUUCUAAAGAGUAUACUGCAGCUUGCAGCAAACUAUUAGUUCAAUACAAGGUUGCUUUUAAACAAGUACAAAGUGCAGAGUUUCCUACAAUAGAAGCUUUUACAAAAAAAUACCGACUAGAUUGCCCUGCUGCAAUGGCAAGAAUACAAGAAGAUCGUCCAAUAACAAUUAAAGAUGAUAAAGGCAAUACAAGCAAGUCAAUUGCAGAUAUUGUCAUGUUGUUCAUUACAAUCAUGGAUAAGUUGAGAUUAAACAUACAUGCCAUGGAUGAGAUACAACCCGAUUUAAGAGAUUUAAAACUAACUUUGGAUCGAUUGAGUGUUGUUACUGAAGAUUUUGAAGGAAAAAUAGCUGUUGAAAAAUGGUUAAAAACGCUUGGAGAAAUGAGAGCACAUGAUGAACUUACCGAAGAACAAGUAAGGCAAAUGCUUUUCGAUCUUGAGCAAUCUUACAACGCGUUCAACAGAUUGUUGCAACAUGCAUAACUUUGUGAAAUCCUUUAAGAGACUUUUAAACGUUUUGCUUACAACUCAUCGUCAAUUCUCAUCAACAAUACUUGCACUCGUCGGUUUAUAAAAACUUUUACAAAAUAGUUUGGUUUUUUUACUUAUAAAAUGUAUAAUACAAUAAAAUUGUUUAAACGGCAUAAAAUCUAUUCUUAAUAUUUAUUAUUAUUAUUAUUAUUACUAUUAUUAUUACUAUUAUUAUUAUUAUUAUUAUUAUUAUUAUUAUUAUUAUUAUUAUUAUUAUUAUUAUUAUUAUUAUUAUUAGUUAUGAAAACGAAAAAAGUUAUACUAACCAAUAAUUGGUGAGAAGAACAUUAGUAGUCCAUUUUUUGUUAUUUGGACUUUUUUUCAUAAUUUCAUUUAACUUAUGUCGAUCUCUCUAUGUACUACAAAAAUAAUCUUUCUUUCAUUACUUUUUGCCAUAAAGUAAAUUGAUAAAUAGUUUAUAAACUAUAACUGUUUAAAACUUAAACAUUGACAAUCUCGAAAUGAAAAUAUUGACUAGUACUGUUUUUCUUUUCAUCGAUUCAAUAACUUUAAUACAAAAAUGAUGUCCAAAAAACGGUGCAAUAUGAAGGAGGUUAUAGAGAGAAAAAAAUAUCAGCAGUAAUUGUUUUCCUAAAAAAACUUAUGAAAUAAUAGUGAAAUUACUAAUAAUAUUUUAAUUUCCAAUACAAUAAUACUUUCGCUUUAAAAGAAAACUCAGUAAAACAAAUUUCGAAUCUAACCUCGAAUAAUACUAUAAUAAACAAUAACAAGGUAACCGAAAAAUAAAUAAUUAAAGUAAAUUUAAUAAAACCAAUAAAGAUCAUGAAGUUGAUGUAAGGAGUAAUAUAAUAAUUCAAUUUUUUAUAUAAAAAUCCCUUAUAUAUUUAGCAUAUAUUUAGUCUUUUUUUAGAACAAGGAAUCGUUUCAGAUAAUUUUAGAGUUUCAAGGGCGAUACCAACCAUAAAAUGUGGUGUAAACUGUCUGAAAUCACUAACCUCUCUCCAUACUACCAUACUAUUCAAAAAUAUUAGAAAAUAUGUUUAGAUGGUUGUACUGAUCAGAUGAUUGUUCAUUUUGUUAUUAAUAUUCUUUUCUUAUUUGACAGAAAUAAAUAUACUUAAAGUGUUUU